UAUACGGUGAUAACAUAUUCAGGUGUUGGUUGUAGCUUUAAAAAUGAGUGCUAUCAAGGAGUAUUUUAAAAAUGAAUUUAAUUUGUUAAUGUUUACCCUCGAACACAACGACCCUACGGAUUUUUACAUCAGUGUUUGGCAAAGAACAAAAUCACCGAUACCGCUUCUGAUAUGGAGGAUAUUGCUGCUGCUAACUUCCCUUGCGAUUGUAAUCACCUCUAUGACAUUCUAUGGAUUGAGUGAGUUUCAUAUAGGUUAUUGGUUCCUAUAUCUGACUCACUGGGGAUUGUCGUUGAUGGUUCUCUCUACUGGGUUUGGAGUUGCUGUCUCCGCCAAAACCUACAUUUCGGGUCCGAUUGGAACCGAUAUAAGUUUGCCAUGGUACGUCAAAACGUUCUGGGUGCUACACAACAUCUCGGUGCCAGUUGCUUUUCUAAUCACAUUAUUUUACUGGACAUUACUUUACAACGCUAACUUCCAAGAGGAAAUGGGCAAGGGUCUAGACAUCGCGAUUCACGGCAUCAACUCCUUAAUAAUGUUCCUUCAACUGAUCAGCUCAGCUCACCCUACCCGGAUCGUACACUGCACACAUCCUUUCCUAUUCGCUCUGGUAUAUGUAUUCUUCAACCUCAUAUACUAUGUGGCAGGCGGGAAAGAUCCUUUGGGGAAUCCUUGGAUAUAUCCCGUGGUGCACUGGGGGGAGCCGGCGACGGCGUCUGUCGUUGUCGUUGUAACUGGAAUCGUUUUAAUAUUUUUACAUUUUGUGACAAUCGCCCUAGCAGCAGCUAGGAACGCCAUCUCCAAGUGCACCCGACCGUCUGAACCCAGCGAUCCGGCUGAACUUGAGGCUUUACGGAACCCGCCUUGGCAGAGUAGCGUUUGAGUCAUAUAAAAUUUAAUUUAUAGAUAUAUGAACAAUA